UGAAGACGAGAUGGCAGCCAUCAGUCGGGAGUGCCUGCAAGGCCUGGAUUUUCUUCACUCGAACCACGUGAUCCACCGAGAUGUGAAGAGCAGCAACAUCCUUCUCAGAACCGACGGCUCUGUCAAGCUGGCUGACUCUGGCCUCUUUGCUCAGCUCACCCCUGAGCAGAGUCGACGGAGCUCAGUGGCCGGCACUUCUGGGUGGAUGGCGCCUGAAGUGGUGACAGGUCAACCAUGUGGCCCCAAAGUGGACAUAUGGUCUCUUGGAAUCGUGGGCAUCGAAAUGGUGGAACGAGAAGUUCCUUACUGGAAUGAAACUCCUGUUUCGCCUCAACUCCUGAUAGCCAUACGAGGGACACCAAAGCUGCAGCAGCCCAACCGAUUCUCGCCUUGCCUGCGUGACUUCCUGAGCUGCUGCCUGCUGAGAAACGAGGCACAGCGCUGGUCAGCCAAGGAGCUCCUGCAGGCAUGGGGCACCUACAAGCUCUUGGGACAAUCUGUGCUGGUGUUGCACCAUGCUCUGAGUAAACAAGUUCUUCCUUAG